UUAAGCUCUCGCCUUCGGAUUCGUCACUUCUGCUAACUUAUUCCUUUGAGAGCAGGCUGAGAAGACGGCAGGGAAACUGAUCCGCAUAAUGCUACAGGAGUUAGGCAGUAUCCGUCCAGUAAAUGUAAAGACAAGCGAAACAAGUGCUGGAUAUGCGGAAUCUGGUUACUGUGAGCUGCGAGGCUUUGCGUUUGGAGAGCGGAGCGCGCACCGGGCUCAGCGCGGAGACUGAACGCCUCACACAGACUUCACCUGUCCGCUCCCACUUAUCUCACGGCUGCUAGACCAGGCUCAUAGAUGAAAACUACUCCGGAGAGGGUCGUUCUCCGUCGGACAAGGAGCCCGUCAGUCUGCGGCGCGCAGCCAAACACCUGCGACCAUGUCGGACGUCUCCACGGAUUUUAACGACACGCUGCCGGCGGCUGCGGCCACAGACUACAAUUUCCCAGCGCUUAUAUUCGGGAUUUUGCUGAUUGUGAUCAUCACCGGUGGAAACGUGCUUGUGUGCCUCAGCGUGUACCUGGAGAAGGCUUUAAAAACCACCACAAACUACUUCAUAGUCAGUUUGGCGUUUGCAGACUUGCUGUUGGCGGUGCUGGUUCUGCCGCUCUUCGUUUACGCAGAGUUUCAGGGCGGAGUUUGGUCCUUGAACACGCUGAUGUGUGACAGCCUGAUGACCAUGGACGUGAUGCUCUGUACCGCAUCCAUUUUCAACCUCUGUGCCAUCAGCGUGGACAGGUUCAUUGCAGUGUCCAUACCCCUAAAUUACAACCGUAAACAUGUGGACCACCGUCAGCUCAUCCUACUGUCAGCUACCUGGCUGCUGGCCCUGGCGGUGGCCUCACCUGUCAUCUUUGGCAUCAACAACGUGCCUGACCGCGACCCCAGCGAGUGCAAAUUGGAGGACAACAACUAUGUGGUUUAUUCCUCAGUCUGCUCCUUUUUCAUCCCCUGUCCCAUUAUGGUCCUGCUCUACUUUGGGGUUUUCCGCGGGCUGCGGCACUGGGAGGAGGCUCGUAAGGUCAAACUCCGCAGCAGCAUCGAGGCCUGCAGGAAGCUGCAGCACGCAGCCGUCGCCACCGCCCUCCCCCCGCUGACGGGCACCAUCCCCGGGCCUCUGCCCAUGCCUCUCCCCAGGAUCAUCGAGAGGGACUUGGCCCAGUCUCGGCUGGACGACACGGACGACUACAUACAGCAGGAGAUUCCUUAUCCUCGGCAGUACAGAGAGAACUCAGUGCCCACAGUGACGUUCAGCCAACAGCUGCACAGGAAGAAGAGAGCCAAGAUCAACAACAGGGAGAGGAAAGCCAUGAGGGUGUUACCUGUCGUAGUAGGUUGCUUCUUGUUCUGCUGGACUCCGUUCUUCGUAGUCCACACGACGCGAGCCGUGUGUGUAACGUGUGACAUCCCUCCCGGUCUGAUGAGCACCGUCACCUGGCUGGGCUACGUCAACAGCGCUCUCAACCCCAUCAUCUACACCAUCUUCAACACCGAGUUCAAGAAGUUCUUCAAGAAAUGUUUCCGCAGCUGCUGCUGACAACAGAUUUCCCUCCACAGACGCUAAAGAAAGGAACUGGGAGCUGAUGGAGCUCAGCCCAGUGAAAACAUGCUGUCACACAGGAACACGUUUUGGUCGGAUUAACAACAUACAACUCGUUAUUGGGAAGUCUGAGGCUUCCAGUUUAGACAAUCAGCUCAUCUCUGGGCUGCCAGCUGGAUGUGGAUGGUUGAUAGUAUCUGACUGAUACACGUUCAAACACUAACACUGUUAAAAAAAGCAGUUAGUGGUGAUAUAUAUUGCAUUUCUGAGUCCAUUUUGUCAUUUGGUGAUGUACUUUCUUGAUCCCCUGGGAUUACUGCCCAAACAAAAUGAUGAUGCUGGGUGGAAAAGCUGCAGAAAGCAGCUAAACACUGUCGGUUUAUGUAAAGGGACAAAAAUUGGAGGACACAAACUCCCCAGUCUGAGAGGAGCUUUUCAACACUUUGUCUGUACAACACUUCUUUUUUUUGGGGACUGUACUGUAUAUCAGCUUUAGUUUAAGUUAUGGUCUGCCAGUUCCAGUGAACCACGUGGGAUUUGUACAGAGCCUGGUCUGCCUGAUAGGAUAAACUCAGGGCAGAAAUGUCCCAAGGAUGCAGAAAGACAAAAUAAGUUUCAAAAGACCAGAAUGUCAAACCACUCUCGUUCUUAUAUAAGCUUAAAGGAAUAGUUUCACAUUUUGGGACAUACGCUUAUUCGCUUUCUUGCUGAGAGUUAGAUGUGAAGAUCGAUACCACUCUCAUGUUUGUAGGCUGAACAUGAAGCUACAGUCA